AUUAGAACUAUAAUUUAUUUUAUAAAGAUGAUGAUGGUGAUUCAAUAAGCAUAAGUUCAGAUGAAGAUUUAAAAGUUUUAAUGGAGAGUGUAAAGAAUUAAACUGUUAAGAUUAAGAUAGAACCAUUUAAUACAUGGAUUUGCAAAUAUUGUACAUUUGAAAAUUUAGAUGGAAUUAUUUGUGGAACAUGUUCUUAAUAUAAAGAACCCGAACCUUAAUAAUUAUAAUAUGAAUUCGAUCCAUAAAUCAAAAUUAAUGAAGCAGAAAAGUUUUGCAAUCAUAUUUAGAAUAAUUCAAUAAAAUCUCAUCUAAAAAUCAUGAUAGCCGAUUCUGAAUAGGAAGUUUAAUUUUCAAUAUCAGAAUUUUAUAAAUGAGAAACUAAAUAAUAGUUCAAUAUUUAGUUCUGAACUGCUUUUGAAGCAAAAUAAAUUUACAAGAGGAUUUGACAUUUGAGGGAGUUGAAG